CACUUUGACUGCACUUGUGGUGGGACCACAUAAUUCUCCCAGAUCCAGCCCAUUCUGAAAGGGCAGGGGUCCUGGACUGUGUGACGAAACUGAAUCAAAAAGUGGAGUCGACGGGUCUGUGAAGAAAUACAUUUUAGACACCCAGUCGUCUUUUUAAAAGUUGUCCUUUCUGGCAUUUCCUAGAGGAGGCAGACAGAAAAUGACAGCGAGAUUAUUAAGCGUGGGCUUCACUGUGCUCUUUCUGAGCUCCUGUGUGCCCCUGGGGGCAGCUCGAAUUUCUUGCAGAAAUGAAGAUGGUGACGCUGUAGAUUGGUUUGUUUUUUAUAAGUUACCCCAGAAUAGAAAACAGAAAAGCGAAAGGAGCAGGUUAGAGUAUGUGUACCUGGAUGCUACCACCAGAAGCUGGAGGAGGAGCAAGAGUCUAGUCAAUAUGACCCAGAGCGUCUUAGGAAGAACAUUAGAGCAGCUCUAUGAGGCACGGGAAGCCAAGAAUGGUAGCACUGCCUACCUGAUAUAUAACGACGACGUCCCUCACUCUGUGGAUUACAGCUGGAAGCAGGGCCAUGCAAAAGGUUUCUUGCUUUGGGAUAAAUCACAAGGAUUCUGGCUGAUUCACACAAUUCCCCGCUUUCCUCCUUUUCCUGAAGAAGACUAUAGCUAUCCAUCUACUGGGGAAAAAAAUGGACAAAUUGGUAUCUGCAUAACUUACAACUACAGCCAAUUUGUAGAAAUAGAUUCCCAGCUAUUAAGCUGCAUUCCAAAUGUCUAUAGCUGCUCCAUCCCUGCCAUCUUUCACCCUGAGCUCACCUAUUUGCCCAAAAUGUGUACCGGCUCCCCCCUCCCCAGGAUUCCUCGCCGGCGCCUCUCCAGACUUCAGUCUAACCAAGGCCAAAACUUCCUCCACUUUGCAAAAUCACCUUAUUUUGUUGAUGAUAUCUAUGUGGCUUGGAUGGCUCAGCAGUUGCAGACCAAUUUGCUGGUAGAAACUUGGCAACCUAAGCUUCCAUCAAACUGUUCUCUUUCAUACCAUGUCUAUAACAUCAAGGGAAUUAGAAUCCCAGGACAAUCUACUUUCAGCUCCCACUAUGAUCAUGCCAAAUGGUGUGUUUCCCAAAGAUACUACCAGAAACACUGGACAUGCAUUGGAGACCUGAACCGAAGCCCAUUCAGAGACGGAGGAUUCAUUUGUACUCAAAAUAAGUACAUCUACCUCGCAUUUAGAGGUUUGAUUCUGCGCUACCAGAAUUGCAAUCAGUCUUAAUCAGAGGUAACUGUUAGAGCAUGGACGACCUAUGGGGAUCCCUACUGUUCUUAUGAUUUAUCCACUCCUUACACUCUAAGAGUCUAGGAGGAUACUUCUUUACUAUAAAACCAUCAACUAAAAUAGUAUUUUCUCCAUACUUCCAACAUAUCACUUUCCAAGAAAACAGAGCUCAUUUUGCUCUGUUUUAUAUUAUUACAUGUAAUUUAAAAUGUAGAAAAAAAUUAGUUCACCAUGAGAGGAAGUCAACUCUCAAAAAUUCAACUGAUUAUCCAGUGUUCUAAUUGACCAGGUCCUUUGAUCGCUUUUCAGGUUAACUCACUGCUUACUAACAUCUCCACCAGAGAAUGGACAAGUAAAUAGGCAAGUGAUGACCCAAAGACCAUGGUCUAGAAAAACCUAUCUGCUCCAUUGCUAACCCAACUGUCAAAAGGAAAAUACCCUUCCUGAUCUGAGUCCCCAGAUUUCAGUCCUCAGCACCAUCCCGAAUUUAUCCAAACGUCUCCAUGUCAUUGAUACCCACCUGCACCACCACAUCUAAUAGGACCCAAAGCAAAUUCUAUCAGAUCUUUCUUCCAGUUCAUCUCUCAAUGAACAGCCACCUGGUUCAUCUGCACAAUGCAGAACUCAGCCUUGUGGUCCAGGCUAACAAGAUGCUCUUAGGUUCGGCCCUUCUCUUCUUUACUCUUUGGCUGCUUAUCACCAAUUAGAGGAAAGUUUGGUGGAAAGAGUAACAGAGUUGAGAGGUAGCUAGGUGGUACAGUGAGGAGAGCACAGGACCUGGAGAAGGGAAAACCUGAGUUCUACUCCAUCCUCAGACACGAUGGCUGUGUGAUCCUGCGCAAGUCAAUCUCUGCUUCUGUUUCCUCGUCUGUAAAAUGGGAAUACUAACACCUACCUGCCUUCCAGGGUUGUUGUGAGAUGAAAUAUGAUACUACUGUAAAUGACUUUUCAAAACGUAAAAGCCUAUAUAAAUACUAGCUAUUGUAAAUAAAAGUUAUGCCCCACUUAAUCUGUGUGGCCUCAGGCAAACUACUUGUCUUUUCAUUUGUAAAAUGAUAGGGUUGUGCUAGAUGACAGUUCUAAAUUUCUAAUUAUAUGGACUUGCUGUAUAGUCCUAAAAUUUUGCUCCUUCCUCCCCACCACCUGCCCCACCCCAACUUCUCCUAUUGGCUAAAGUAGGCUGACAGGCAUAUCCAAGGACCAAUGAAAACUGGGUUCUUUUUCUUUGUUUUUGGUGAGGCUACUUACUGAGGGGGUUUCUUCUAUUAUUACAAAUAAAAA